GCGAAAUUUCAACCUCAAAGCAGGCGGCAGGAUCCCCCCUCCCCCCCACCGCAGACCACCAAGGCAGCACGAAAGACGAAAAAACCAACGACGAUUGAGAGUCCGCCCCCGGCUGGACAGCAACAACCAUCAACAUGCCUCAGAACGAGUACAUGGAGAGGUGGCGUAAGCUGCACGGCCGCCGCCUCGACCACGAGGAGCGCACGCGCAAGCGCGCCGCCCGCGAGGGCCACAAGGCGUCGCAGGAUGCGCAGAACCUGCGGGGCCUGCGGGCGAAGCUGUACCAGAAGAAGCGGCACAACGAGAAGAUCCAGAUGAAGAAGGCCAUCAAGGCGCACGAGGAGCGCAACGUCAAGACGGCAGACGAGAAGGAGCCGUCGACGCCGAUGCCGUCGUACCUGCUGGACCGGACGAACCCGACGACGGCUAAGGCGCUGAGUAGCGCUAUCAAGAACAAGCGGGCGGAGAAGGCGGCCAAGUUCAGCGUGCCGCUGCCCAAGGUGCGGGGCAUCAGCGAGGAGGAGAUGUUCAAGGUGGUCAAGACGGGCAAGAAGGUGCAGAAGAAGGCGUGGAAGCGCAUGGUCACGAAGCCGACGUUUGUGGGGCAGGACUUUACGCGCCGCAACCCAAAGUACGAGCGCUUCAUCCGGCCCAUGGGCCUGCGGUACAAAAAGGCCAACGUGACGCACCCGGAGCUGGGCGUCACGGUGCAGCUGCCCAUCAUCAGCGUCAAGAAGAACCCGCAGAACCCGCUGUACACGCAGCUCGGCGUCCUGACAAAGGGCACCGUCAUCGAGGUCAACGUCAGCGAGCUGGGCCUGGUCACAGCCGGCGGCAAGGUCGUCUGGGGUCGCUACGCCCAAGUCACCAACAACCCGGAGAACGAGGGCUGCAUCAACAGCGUGCUGCUGGUGUGAGGUCCUCCCUUUUCGCUCCUGAGGGAUGUGAGAUGGCGGCGGCGGCGGCGGUGGUGGCGGCGGCGGUGUUGUCACCUCAUUGUACUGGGCGUUGGCGGCGUUGGGUCAAUUUUCAAACAAGUUGCUCUGCGGUUUUUGCUUGCUUCACUGGCAAGACGGGUCGGGCGAUGCUAUACUGGGCAGAGGCAUACACGACUGAGAGCGGUCGGAUCUGACUAUACCAUACAUAGAGCAUGCCUCCUCAUAUGAGAC